GGUGGCAGAUCUGCAGGCCGUCACUGUCACCGAGACCUCGUCCGUCCCGGACUCCGCCAUGCUCAAUGGCAUGGCAAAAUUGUCGAAGAACCCGACGGUCAUCCUGGCGGCAGACUCUUUUCGAGGGCAGAUCGACCGCAUCGAUACCGUCACGGGCGAGGCCGACGUGGUCAUCCAGGAUGAUCUGUUCAAGCCGAACUCCGCUCUGUCGCUCGGUAUCAACGGCCUCAAAGUGCUCGGAGAGUACCUCUACUUUACAAACUCAGCACAGGCCAUCUUUGCCCGCAUCAAGAUCAACCCUGACGGGACCAAGGCAGCGGCGGCCGAGAUCCUUGCAACCCUGCCCGGGACGCCUUCGCGGCAGAACUUCUACGAUGAUUUUGCGAUCCGCGAGACCAGUGAGGGCAAGCUGGAGGCAUACAUCGCCACGCAGGCAAACACAGUGUUUAAGGUCCUCGACGGGCAUCAGUCACUCUUCUUGGGUGGCGGCAACAGCACCUUGCUGAGGGUUCCGACAAGUGUGACCUACAGCAGGGAUGGCUCCAAGGUCUACAUUGUCACUGGUGGCGGACAGGUUGUGGAAGCACAUUUGUGACGCCAUCUACUGCCUAUCUUUGGAGAGCUUAGGCAGGCUAUCUGGCAGCUAUUUGAUAGCGUACACGAGUUUGUACCCCGGAAUCUUGCCAUCGCGACACUCCUGGAAACCCCGAGUAACAGCAUCGAGGCCUCCAUCAAUGAUUCUUGUCUUGUUGGGCUUAUUCUUGCCCGAGCUGAGCCAGUCUCCGAUCUUGGGGCAGAACUCGGCGCCCAGUUCGUGGUCCGCCUUAUUCGGCGGCCAGUAGAACUCUCCAUAGUGGUGCUUUUCAAGAGAUGCAGUCUAUUCCAACACGUC